AUGAUUCGUGGGCAGCCGGACAAACGCGGCGACGGGGAUGCGGGCUCUUCCCCCUCCCCAUCAAGAUCAAAGCGCCGCACAGGCCGCGACGCAGCGGCAUGGAACGACCCAGAGCUUUUCGGUGGGGGAGAGGAAGAGGAGGAUAGAUACGACUCCGAUCGGGGCGAUGCACACCGCCACAGCGGGAAACCCGACAAAGUAACAUCCACCGAUGAAAAGUGGAGUGCAGCGGCAUGGAACGACCCAGAGCUUUUCGGGGGGGGAGAGGAAGAGGAGGAUAGAUACGACUCGGAUCGGGGCGAUGCACACCGCCACAGCGGGAAACCCGACAAAGUAACAUCCACCGAUGAAAAGUGGAGAAGGCCAAGUACCUUCUCAGGCUCUGAGGCAUCAGACCAGGAAGGGAAAGAAAAUGCUGCGGAUACAGCAACAGCAGCAGCAGCAGCAGAUAAUCGUCGCACCCAGAGGCGGACCCGCCAGCCCCCGUUGAGCGCUGCCUCCUUCCUGCAGUCGCCAGAGGGGGCCCCCGCGGACGGUCUUUUGUCUUUAUACUGCAACAUAAACUACGCGCGAGAUAAGCUGCACAAGUUCAAGUUCUUCGACAGAAAUGCAGCACGAGAGGCGAGGAAACGAGAGUAUAGGAAGGAGCUGAAGGCGGCUCAGGCGUUGCUCGCCCUGAACGCCCGCCAGCCGCAGCGGCAGAAACAAACGCAAGAGCUGCUGCAAGCAGAGAUAACCGUGCGGAGCCGCAGGCGGCUGUUGGCGCGGCUGGAAGGGGAGGAGCGGCUGGAGCUUCGAGAGGACCUGAACACGUUGAUGAGAGAAAUAAGAGAAGGCAUUGUUGCCUUCUACCCUUACAAUGAACAUAUCUCCCGCUUGGCUCGCCGCCUUGAUAAGAUCAGCGCGCAGCCCGAUAUGUGGGCACAGUACAGACCCCGCCUCGUUCAGCUGCACCUCUCAGGCUUUCUUAAUAAAUGGAUGGAUAGGGGUUGCCCCCCCGACCCCUACGAGAUGCUGCAGAAGCAGUCGCGCGGUGAUACAGCAACAACAGCAGCAGCAGGGGAGGCGGCAGAGACGGGGGGCCCAUCAUACAUGGAGGAGGACGUGGGGGGGCCCCCCGAUAUACCUUUAGAAGAAGAAUACCCUUUCCCGGAUGAACCCUGGGCACAGAGAGAACCACAGACAAACUCUACAGAGGCCACAAAGACCGCAGCCCCAGCACAGCCCAACAUAGAAAAGGCUGCAGCAGCAGCAGCAGGGGAGGCGGCAGAGACGGGGGGCCCAUCGUACAUGGAGGAGGACAUAGGGGGGGCCCCCGAUAUACCUUUAGAAGAAGAAUACCCUUUCCCUGAUGAAGCCUGGGCACAGAGAGAACCACAGACAAACUCUACAGAGGCCACAAAGACCGCAGCCCCAGCACAGCCCAACAUAGAAAAGGCUGCAGCAGGUCCCUCAGAAGAAGAGCUCAAGGAGCUGCGGCAGAAACAAAUGGAAGCAAAGGCCCGCAGAGAAAAACUACGAGCAGCACAGCGACAGCAGCAAACGGUUUAG